GCCCCGUAAAGCCCAAAGCGCGAACGCUUUUCGUGGUAAUAUUUAGGAGAUUUUCCCGGUGGCCCCGCGGGUAUAUUUAAGCGGCCGGACGGCAGCCACACCACUUCACGAAUUUGAUUCGGGCAGCACACGCGGCGCUUGGACUCCAGUGGACUGGCUCUAGAGAGGAAUCUGUAUCCAGAUAAAGAAAUCUGCAACAGGAGAUCAAACCAGAACCGGCAGUGUUUAUCUCUAUACGGCUUGUUUUCGACGACAGCUCCCCGUUGUUUGUUGACUGUUUGUUUGGGUUGAACGCACGCGGAAAAUGGAGGGCAAGCCAAAGGUGAACGGCUUUGUGGAAUCGACGUCGUCAUCGGCAUCCCAGACGAAGAACGCCGCCGGUUUCGAUGCCGAGCUGCAAGAUGGUCUGAGUUGUAAGGAACUGUUCCAGAACGGUGAGGGACUCACCUACAACGACUUUCUCAUACUACCCGGCUACAUAGACUUCACGGCCGAGGAGGUCGAUCUCAGUUCGCCACUGACCAAGUCGUUGACACUGCGGGCACCGCUGGUUAGUUCGCCCAUGGACACGGUAACCGAAUCGGAGAUGGCCAUCGCCAUGGCGCUGUGUGGUGGCAUUGGCAUCAUCCAUCACAACUGCACGCCGGAAUACCAGGCGUUGGAGGUGCACAAGGUUAAGAAGUACAAGCACGGCUUCAUGCGCGACCCCUCGGUGAUGUCGCCCACGAAUACGGUGGGGGAUGUGUUGGAGGCGCGGCGAAAGAACGGAUUCACCGGCUAUCCGGUCACCGAGAACGGCAAAUUGGGCGGCAAGCUGCUGGGUAUGGUCACGUCGCGAGACAUCGACUUCCGCGAGAACCAGCCGGAGGUGCUGCUGGCUGAUAUCAUGACCACGGAACUGGUCACCGCUCCCAAUGGCAUCAAUCUGCCCACGGCUAACGCUAUUCUCGAGAAGAGCAAAAAGGGCAAACUGCCAAUUGUAAAUCAGGCCGGCGAACUGGUGGCCAUGAUUGCCCGCACGGAUCUGAAGAAGGCCCGUUCCUAUCCGAAUGCCUCCAAGGACUCCAAUAAACAGCUUCUCGUCGGCGCUGCCAUCGGAACGAGGUCGGAGGACAAGGCGCGCCUGGCUCUGCUGGUGGCCAAUGGCGUGGACGUCAUCAUCCUCGAUUCAUCGCAGGGCAACUCCGUCUACCAGGUGGAGAUGAUCAAGUACAUUAAGGAGACCUAUCCCGAGCUACAGGUCAUUGGCGGCAAUGUGGUAACACGUGCCCAGGCCAAAAACCUCAUUGAUGCCGGCGUCGAUGGACUGCGUGUGGGCAUGGGCUCCGGUUCCAUCUGCAUCACCCAGGAGGUGAUGGCCUGCGGAUGUCCACAGGCCACAGCUGUCCACCAGGUGUCCACGUACGCUCGCCAAUUUGGUGUGCCGGUGAUCGCGGAUGGCGGCAUUCAGUCCAUUGGACACAUUGUGAAGGCGAUUGCAUUGGGAGCCAGCGCUGUAAUGAUGGGCUCACUCCUGGCGGGCACAUCGGAGGCACCGGGCGAGUAUUUCUUCUCCGACGGAGUGCGUCUCAAGAAGUACCGCGGCAUGGGCUCCCUGGAGGCCAUGGAGCGCGGCGAUGCCAAGGGCGCAGCCAUGUCGCGCUACUACCACAACGAGAUGGACAAAAUGAAGGUGGCACAGGGCGUCAGUGGCAGCAUCGUGGACAAGGGCAGUGUGCUGCGCUACAUGCCCUAUUUGGAGUGCGGACUGCAGCACAGUUGUCAGGACAUCGGUGCCAACUCCAUUAAUAAAUUGAGGGAGAUGAUCUACAACGGCCAACUACGCUUCAUGAAGCGCACCCAUUCCGCUCAGCUAGAAGGCAAUGUCCACGGCCUCUUCAGCUACGAGAAGCGUCUCUUCUAACAUACGACGAUGGCUGCGACGGAAAUGGGCAGUGGAGGAGUGGCUGCCCCUGUCCAACAGCAGCAGCAACACCAUCAGCAGCAACAGCAACAGCAUCGCCACCGAUCUGGAGCAGGCCAUCUGCUCGACUACACCCGCCUAUUCGAUCGCAAGUAAGAAGAGAAGAAAAGAGAAUCGAUUGCUCGAAUAGCGCAUCCUUUUCCCCUGGAGUUUUACCAGUGUUAGGUUAAGUCUCGUUGGAAUCGCCGACGUUAAAGAUAACGAUUCCAAUAUAGAUUCCCUUUUUUUUGGUGGCGGUGGAGGUUACCUCGAAUCGCCCGAAUACAUGUGUAUACCCUAUCCAUCUGUCUGGUAGACAGAAUCCUAAUUGUAAGUGUUUGCAGGUUACUUGAUCUGUAUAGAAACUAUGUAAUCUUCAUAUAUACAUAUAUGCUAUAUAUAUCUUUAUCUACAUCAAGCGCAACGCGUUGGUUGGCCGAUUACUUAUUUGGCACGCUAUAUGUACAUAGAUGUUAAUCUCUAUUUGUAUAGUGUUGGAUGUUUACUAUUAUAAACGAAGCUUGCUUCAAGUUUUAAAACUCUGCCAAACUUAUUAAAUGUGAACUGAAAUUAACUGAAAAGUA